CGUCUCCCCUCUUCCUCCUCCCCUAGGUACAGUCCCCGGUUUGCAAUUUCGGUCAUCUCCGUCGUCCAAAGUUGUAAGUUUUACUCUUUGCUUGCCACAGUACUCUCUCUUUGCGCGAGGGAGAGGCCGGGUGGAAAACGGAGGGCGGCCAAGAUAGAUGGGGGGGCAGAGGCAAGAAUUGUCGCCAAUUCAGUGCUCAAAUCGCUCUCGUAGCCUGCUAGUUGGUGGUACGCACCUGUGUGGGAGGCGAGAGACGCAAGUAGCAGUAGUAGUGCUUGGUUGUGGAGAGUCUGGAGAUGGCAGUAGCACUGCAGUUUCUGGCUUUCCUGCAUCGCCUAUCCCUGUCUUGUGUGGUGGAUCAACUGAAUUUUGUGUUUUGCGCAGGGUAGCAAAGGUGGUGGUGGCCAUGCAGCACCCGCAGGGUGCCGGCGAGCCGCUGUACCCGUACGCCGACCACGCGCCGACGACCAUGGGCGUGUUCUCGGUGCCGCCGCCGCCGACCACGCCCGCUCCUCCUGCUUCAGGUGACGUCAUCCCGCUGCCGACGCAGCCACAGCCGCAGCCGGCGGGUCCCGAGGAAUUCCACGCUACCCCUGGCUCCGGGAGCGCCGUCGCCGUCAACCCCAACGACGACGACAUGAUGAUGGCCGACGUUGCAGGCGGCGCCGGCGGGAGCUCCGGCAACAGGUGGCCGCGCGAGGAGACGCUGGCGCUCAUCAGGAUCCGGUCGGAGAUGGACGCCGCCUUCCGCAACGCCACCCUCAAGGCGCCCGUCUGGGAGGAGCUCUCCAGGAGGCUUGCGGAGCUGGGGUACCAGAGGAGCGCCAAGAAGUGCAAGGAGAAGUUCGAGAACGUGGACAAGUACUACAAGCGCACCAAGGAAGGGCGCGCCGGGCGGCAGGACGGUAAGAGCUACCGCUUCUUCUCGCAGCUCGAGGCGCUCCACGCCGCGGCGCCGCCGCCGUCGCAGCAGCAGCAGCAGGGAAUGCCGGUGGAGGAUCCUCAGCCGCUGGCGAUGGCGAAGAUGUUGCCCGCGGCGGCGGACCUCGGCUUCCUGUCGAUGUCGUCGGAUUCUGAGUCGGACGAUGAGUCCGACGAGGAGGAGGAGGAGGACGCGGCGGCUGCGGCGGGCGGCGGGGAUGACGAGGGCGGAGGGAUCAGCAGGAAGAUGAUGGCGAUGUUCGAAGGGAUGAUGAGGCAGGUCACGGAGAAGCAAGACGCGAUGCAGCGGGCGUUCAUGGAGACGCUCGAGAAGUGGGAGUCGGUGCGCACCGAGAGCGAGGAGGCGUGGCGGCGGAAGGAGGUCGCCCGCAUGAACCGCGAGCGGGAGAUCCUCUCCCAGGAGCGCGCCGCCGCGGCCUCCCGCGACGCCGCGCUGAUCGCGUUCCUCCAGCGCCUCGUUGCUGGGGAGCACGUAAAGGUCUCUCCUUCCGGCACCGCCGCCACUCGCGCGCCGUUUCAGGCCCCUCCGCCGUCUCACCACGACGCGGCCGCCGCGGGGCUGCAGUUGGUGCCGAGAGCGAAGGCGGAGGAGGGCUGGGCAGGAGGGGACGGCACUGGCAGUGGUACGACGGCGCCGUCGCGGUGGCCGAAGGAGGAGGUGCAGGCGCUCAUCGAUCUGCGCAUGGAGAAGGAGGAGCAGUACAGCGACAUGGGGCCCAAGGGUCCGCUCUGGGAGGAGAUCGCCGCCGGCAUGCAGAGGAUCGGCUACAACCGGAGCGCCAAGCGGUGCAAGGAGAAGUGGGAGAACAUCAACAAGUACUUCAAGAAGGUGAAGGAGAGCAACAAGAGGCGCCCCGAUGACUCCAAGACUUGUCCUUACUUCCACCAGCUCGACGCCAUCUACAGCAAGAAGCGCUUCGCCGGCAAACGCAGCGGCGCCGGCGGCGUCACAAUUGCCUCCGCCUCCAGUCUCGCCAUCGUCACCGUCUCCGGCCAGGAGAGCCAGCGCGAGCUCGAGGGGAAGAGCAGCAACGACGGUAACGUGCAGCUGGCGGUUCCUCUCCUUCUCCAGAACGCCGCAGACAAGGCGGAAGGCACCGAGGCGGAGCCAAAUAUCACCGCAGCGGAGGAGACGGACAGCGACGAGAUGGGUGGAAACUACACCGAUGAUGGCGACGAUGACGACAAAAUGCAGUACAAAAUAGAGUUCCAGAAGCCAAAUGCAAGCAGCGGCAGCGGCAGCGGCGACGACGCACCCGCGCCAACGACAACUGCGGCAGCGACGAGUUCUGCACUAGCCAGCAACACCAGCUUCCUUGCAGUUCAGUAGACAGCAAUGCGCGGGCAGAGUGCGGGCCUGAAGAAAGGCAGGCAACACCGUCUUUUUCAGUUCAGGGUCGCCGAUUAUACUUUUCAGUUGUUUUCCUGUGAUGUUGGCAACAGCCCGUAUACCAUUUGUUGAUUUCUUUCUGUGGUUAACUACCAAACUAUCCAAAAAAAAACAUGAACCAAAUUAGGUUCGAAGACAGAGAGGUUGUUGAGAAGAAUACCAGCAUAACAGGUUUUAUAGGUCAUGAAAUGAUUUAGAAUCUGUGUUUAACAGGAGAUGGAUUUUAAGUGGCCUUGUGAGCUUUUGUGCUGUGUA